AUGGUCGACACUUUUGAAAAUGAGAGCGGGCUUGUGUCGACGGCGCUUCGGCCGAUUCGCAAGAAGUUCGCCAAACCGCCCGUCAAGGUAGCUUGUUUGCCUUGCCGCGCUUCGCGAACCCGAUGCGGUGGGCAAGAGCCGUGUUCCAAUUGUCUCAGCAAAGGCAGAAAAUGUUCUUAUCUACCCAGCAAACGGGGUGGGCCUCGUACGAAGAAGCAAAGAACCUCACCGUCGCCCGAGGACGAACUCCAACAGGAUGAGACUCAGUAUGCCGCGCUCUCUACGGAGUUUGAGGAGACACCAGAGAUGUUUACCCAAAUCGAUGUCCUCUCUUUGCCGGGUGCGGGUUUACGCCAUCUAGACUUCCCUCACCAGGUGUCUUCCAUGUUCCAGGGUUACUAUGCCGGCGAAACGGAUCCUUCACAUGGCCCCCUGGAACUGAUGCCGUCGCCAUUGACUGGUGCCCAAAGUUAUGUACGAACUUACGGAAGUGAACCCGAAAUCUUAAACGCCUAUUAUGAUUUCAUACAUAGCUAUUUCCCUAUCCUCCCACCGCGGGUGGCACCUCAAUGUCGAGACCGCCCUCUUCAAUGUCAGGUCUCUUGCUCUGACCCAUCUUCGGAACCUCUGAUGAUGUACCGGCCGCGGUCUCCUCUGAGUCUUGCUAUUUCAGCAGUGCUGGCAUUGAUUCCGCACCCUCAUGAUCCUGAUCCCACUUCUCCUGCAUCCAUAUUUCAGCGCAGAACAUACGCCCAUACGUUCGCGCAGUUGGCCAGCUCGGUCAUUGACGCGGAAUGUGAUCUUGAUCUGUCAUCAACUGACCCCGGGCAGGCUUUAUCGACUCCACGACCUUCAGUCAACCGAGAAAGGCUUCAUCCUCGGACCCCAGAGGAUUUAGAAACCCUUCUGGCUUUACUAAUCCUUUCGGUCUAUGAGUAUUCCCAGCGCGGAAACCUGUUAAAGAUGAGAUAUCGGGCCAGUCAGGCAUUGGCUCUAGCCUUAGACAAGUCACUCCAUGACUAUAUGGAUGAUAAUGAAUUCUCCGAAGCACGUCGGAGAGCGUGGUGGAUGACAUAUUAUUGUGUUAUACAAGGCUCCAUCGUGAGCACAACUCCUCCUACUAUUGUCAUUAAUGACCCUCAAUUUACAACCCCAUACCCAAGAUUCUCUUCAGAUGCCGAGGGUUGGUCCAUUUUGAUACAAGCACAACAAGUGUUAGUAUCGGCGACUCAGUUCAUUUCUGACCUAAACAAGUCACUGGCAUCGCAGUCAGGUCUUCACUACAUGUUUGAACGAAUGCAACAACUCGAUUCUUGGACAAAUUCUGUACUCGCACAAACUGACGUCCUUCCAAUCACAUCCCAUGAGUCAGAUUUCGGCGAUUUUCGUGAAACAAUCACUGCACAAAGUAUACGAACAAUGUCCAGGAUCAAGCUUUCCAGUGCGCAAAUUAAAACCCAUCGAUUCCGCGCCUUCUCAGAUAUCCCAAUCUUCGUCAAACGACACUGCGAUCUAACAGCCGCUAAUGCAACCAACACAAACCAAGUCCUCACUCCUAAAUCUUCAGGCUCGGGAAUCAACAAUGUCUCUUGUUCCUGCAGCAAUUUGGAACAAUUUCAGCGAGCUGCAUCGGCCGAAUACAUGACCCCGUCAGACUCAUCUACCUCAUCAGACAUCCAUCCUUACAUACCGCAGUACCCACAAUACCCUUUCGCACCGGGGUUCCCCUACAGUACACAGCACUCCACCAAGAUCUGUCUCCGCGCUGCCCUGGUAAUCUCACAAAUGUUUGAAUCUCUACCGUACCCGCAACCACUCCACGAAGAACAUCACCAAGGCCAUUCUCUCCCACGCACCAUGCCAUCUUUUGCAUGUUGCCUGAUGCAGAGUAGUUACGCGAUGUUCAUGGUAUUCUACAAAGCUCGCGUAGCAAACCAGAUGUCCCCCGAUGUGGAGACCGAACUAGUGAGCGACUCAACUGAUAGGUUGAUCGAGGAGCUUCGGCGAGGCUUGGAACGAAUUAUCGAGGCAGUUUCCAAUUAUUCGUUGGCUUUUGAAGCUUUGGAUGGAAUGAGAGAUGAAAUUCAAGGUGCAUAUCAAACGGCGUUCCCG